GGUAAAGCAGUCACAGAAUUCAGCAGCCUCUCUAGAAAUCUCGAUCGAAGCGGAACAAUGGGAGUUUUCACUUUCGUGUGCAAGAGCUCCGGCGACGAAUGGUGCGGCAAGCAGCUCUCCGGUGAUCUGGAGGCAUCGGCGGGUUCCACCUUCGACCUGCAGAGGAAGCUCGUUCAGGAUGUCCUCGCCACCGAUUCCUCCGGCGGAGUUCGAUCCUCGUUCUCCCUCAUCUCUCCCAGCUCUGCCGUUUUCCAGGUGAUCGUCGGUGGCGCGGUCGGAGGCGGAGGGUUCGCCAGCAGCGGUGGUGGCGGCGGCGGUGCAGGAGCACCUGCAGCAGCCGCAGCGGCACCUGCAGCAGAGGAGAAGAAGAAGGAAGAGGAGAAGGAGGAGAGUGACGAUGAUAUGGGUUUCUCGCUCUUCGAUUAGGUUUUCUUCGUUCACUAUUUGUCGGCUUUAGUCGUGUUUUCACUUUCAGUAGCUAUGGAUGGAUUUCGGUGUUUCCGCAAUGCAACUGUUUAGAAGGGAAGUAUUGGAUACUGUGAAUUUUGAGAAUGGCCGAAGUUUAAGUUUGACAGUUUUUCGAUCUUGAUGAUAAUACUUCAGUGUGCUUUAGCAUUAGCUGUGUUCUUGAAUCAAUGCUUGCUUUAAUUGAUCAGCAAAGAACUUGGGACAGGGUCCUCCAUCGUUUUAAUGGUUAUAUGCAUCUCUCAGUAUGAUUAUCUAGGAUAGGGAAUUGAAGUUUCCUCUCUGCAUUGUGUAAAUAGUUCCAUGAUCGUAGCUAAACCCUUCUGGAUGAUGGUUUACAAAGCAAUGGCAAUUAGGUUUUGAUGAAAAUCGUUCUGCUCGUCAUGAGUGUUCACCUUAGCCAGGACGUUUGUGGGUUGUCAAGUGUUGGUAUGUUGUUUGUUUGAUCCAAGAAGACUUGGCGCUCACCUUUUGUUUCUGUUUGGAUCUUCGUCCCCGAUUUGCAACGAUUAAGAACGUUGGUUUCUCUUGCCACAUGAUUUAGAGCGUUGUUCUAUUGUUUUCGCUGCACUUGUUAUUGUGAGUUUGUUUGACAGUAUGAGUUACUUCUUAAGGUUAUACGUUCCAUAAUGGUGUUACUCAAUGUUGGUUAGAAAGCAUCUUCAUCUCUUUUGUUCAAUCUCAAACUGGGUUACUUGAUGAACAAGGUCGAAAGAGGAGAUUAUAUGGAUGAGGACUCGAUGACAUUGUUUAGUUAACUUAUAGUCGGUUAACCAACACUCUGUGCGCUUUCUUACUGUUAACCAUGUUUGAUGUGCAUUGCCACCUGCUUGUAUGGUCAUGAUGUGAUCUUCAAGCGCCAUAAAGGCUUGGGCUAUGCUGCUUCACAUGCUAAAACAGGAAAGAGUGUUUCCAUUGAUGCUUGGCCCGUUGUGACAAUUCGGGUGAUCUCCUGUAUCCUAACCAACUUAGCCUAUUGAUGAUUGAUUAGGGCAAGGAUUGGUGUGGCAUUUGCAAGUAACUUGGUUUGUUCCUCUCUUGACAAUGAUGGAAGAUUAGUUGGAUUUGUCGAGUUAGUAGAGAGAAAUAGGUAGAUUGUCACAAGUCAAACAAUUUAAGUAAUAAAAUAAGAAAAGAUAU